AUGUACUCCGCCUUGGUUCCAGAAUGGCAUUUGGAUAUACUUUCAGCGAGCUCUUUUCCAAGUGCACCCCAGACUCCGUCUUACUAUACUCCUGCGGAAAAUUCCUCACAAAGGGCUCUUGAGGCACUUACUCCGGUUUCACAGGAGGCCCAUGGACAUCUGAAUGAAGACAGCAAUAAGAGCCGGUCGGCAACUUGUUCAAAGAAGAAAAGGGUGUUACCAAAGGAAGUUGUGGCGGUUCCAUCUGAAUCGGUGACAAAAGAGGAUAAGAUUACCAAGAAGCGAGGUCGGCCUCGUCUUCACACCGAAAAUGAGACGCCUGCUGAUCGGCGGCGAAGACAAAUAAGGAUUGCUCAGCGGGCAUAUCGAUCGCGGAAAGAGGCCACUAUAGCGUCACUCAACGAACGGGUGGAGCAACUGGAGUGCACAGUUGAUGAAAUGAACAAGACAUUUUUAGCUUUCAACGACGAUGCUCUCAAAUCCGGCGUUUUGUCUGCGCAGCCGGAACUUGCACAACGAUUACGCUCUGCUACACAGCGAUUUAUUAAGCUUGCAUCCGAAAUUUCGCAAGAUGAUGCGCCGCAGGAAGACGCGCAAUCGGGCAAUGCUGCCACUGUGGAAGCUCCAAACAAUGAACAAUGUUCACUAAAUGCUUCGGGAAAUAAUCCCCGACCUGAUUACACUGAACCUGAGACUCUUAUCGCUUCUUAUGCGAACGUACCAGCGACUCAUGCGACCAUUCCGAUAUGUUCUCAUAUCGCGACGUUACCCGAUGUCUGGGACACGAGUAUGGCGAGUAAUAACUUUUUCAAUUAUAAAUCUUGGUGCGGCGAGGAGUCACAAUCGCCAUUGAAGAGCUCAGCAUUCAUUCCUCGACAACCAAGCCCACAUCAUCGAUAUACCUACUGUUUUCAGGAAACUAGUUUUUCCCGGCGUCUUCAUCGCCGAUGCCUGGAAUUCGGAUAUUCAGCCCUCACUGACCCGUCCUUUAAUGAAGAGAGGUUACAUCGCAAAUUCAAAAUUACAUUUAGUCUCGCAAAAAGAGAUAGGGUAGCUCAUAUGUUUUCCACCCUUCUCCAGAGGAAAGCUGGUGAGCCUCUUGAAUUUUGGAACAAACCGUUUUUCUACAUCGGUAAAGCUGGUAUGCAUUACCCUUACCAAGAUGAAUUCGGGAACGUGAUUUUCCCGCCAAAUAUGCAUCCGCCUGAACGGGCGUUUGGACCGCUCCCAUUUCACAAUGCCGAAAGACCACAUCAGUUCAAAAGUCUUGAUGAACUCAUCGAAGCUAUUGGAUUUGGCGGGGACUGGUUUGAUUGUCACGACGUGGAAGGAUAUCUACUCGAAAAGGGGAUCAAACUGAGUGGCCUAUCAUCCUACGUUCUUGUACCUCCAUCAGCCAUUGCUGCGCGGAUAUCCAACGCCAGCUCUCCAUCAACAAAUUCAUCUAUCGGAUCACAAGUUACAGCGGCAUCGCCGUGCUCCGCUACGCUUGAUGACCCAGCAUCACAAGCAGGAUUCGCGACGGCCGCAAAUAAUCCAAUAUCCCAGACAUACUACCCCUUCCAAAACGAAGUAUGCUCACAGAUGAUGCAGCUUCUCGGUCUUGAUUACGACCCACCUCUAAGGUCAAAUGCUCCUCCACAGCAAACAAUAAACUCUUCGUUCGACAGUACACCGUCCCUAAUAUUAGACGUAGACAAAUUUGUUACACGUAAGUUAAAACUUAUUCUUCCAAAAGCAGAACCAUAA